AUGAGUUCUCAACAUAGGUAUGAAAAAACAAAUGCAUAUCGAGAAAACGAUGAAAACAUAAUACACAAUGAAAAUAGAAAAAAUAUAAAUCGUAGGAACGAUAAAAACUAUUAUGGUAGAAAUGAAAAAAGUGGUGAAAAAUUAAAAAACCAAAAAAAAAAAAGCACAUACGAUAGUAAGACUAAAACGAAGAUAUCGGAUGAAAAUGAAUAUACAGAAAGAGAGGAACAGACAAUUGUUUUAAAUAAAGAAAAUAAAUUAAUAGAUGAAAAAGUAAAAAUAAAAACAUUGAAAAUGGAAAAUAAAUUGGAGGAAGAUGGAAAUGAUAAUAAUAUAGACAAUAUGAAUGAUAAUAAUAUAGACAAUAUGAAUGAUAAUAAUAUAGACAAUAUGAAUGAUAAUUAUAUAGACAAUAUGAAUGAUAAUUAUAUGGACAAUAUGAAUGAUAAUUAUAUGGACAAUAUGAAUGAUCAGGAAGAAAAAAAUAGAAAGGAAAUUAAAGAAAUAGCUAAUCUUUGUUUAGAACAAAAUUUAAGUGUAAAUAGCGAAAAUAUUCUAAUAGUACGAAAAUUAAAAGAAAAAAGAAAACUAGAGGAAAGAAUAAAUAAAAAUGAAAAUAUAAAAAAUUUACAAGAGAAGAGAAGAAUUUUAGAAGAAAUUGAAUAUCAUGAAUGGGCAGACAGAGAAAAACGAAUAAAAGAAUUACAAGAAAAGAAAAUGAAUUUAUUAAAAAAGGUUCUUGUAGAUAGAGACAAAAAAAAAGCAAAUAAAAUAUUUUAUGAAGUAGAAAAAAUAGUACAGAAUAGAGAUAAAAAGAAAGAUGAAAUAAGAGAAAACUUUGAAAAAGAAAAAGCAAAAGAUAUGAGAAUAUUAUUUCUUGAAACAGGAAAUAACCUAAAAACAAUAUAUAAUGAAAAACAAGAUUUAAUAAAUCAAAUGAAUAAUUAUACAUCUAAUUUUUAUCUACAAUUAGAAAGAGAAGGAGUUGUUCCCAACAAAAUUAAUGAAAAUAUAAUAAACAAAAUAGAUAAUAAUUUGAAUGAUUUAAAAAAAUUAAAUGAAAUAAAAUCUACAUUAGAUGAAACAUCAUAUCAUAAUAAUAUUAGAUAUACCUUUAAAGGGGAAAAAUCAGAAGAACGUUUAAAAUAUGAAAAUAAGAAAAAUAAGAAAAUUAUUGAUACUUUUUAUAGAUAUUUAAAUAAAGAAGAAAAAAAAUAUUCAUCUGAUAAAUAUUCUACAAUUGAUAAUAGAAAAGUACAAAAAAAAAAAAAAACACAAUCUAUGAAAACUAUUUAUCCAAAUAUUAUGAUCAAAAAUAAAGAACAAGAUAGUUUUGAGAAAAAUGUUUUAUAUUUACAAAAUAUAUUAAGAGGUAAAGCUAUAAAAAUCUUAAUGAAUGAUGGAAAAAAUUCUUAUAGUGAUUUGAUAGAAGAAUUAAAAGCAUAUGAAAAAAUAGAUGAAUAUAGUGCACAAGAAAAAGAAUUUUUUGAAAAAGAAAAUUUCGAAGAAAUGAAAAUUGAUUCUUAUAUUGAAAAUGUUCAAGGUAAAUAUAUAUCAGAAUUGUUAGAUAAUUUAUCUAAAGAAUUAGAAAAAUAUGAAGAAGAAAGAAAAAUAGCUGUUCUUGUAAAAUAUGCUGAAAGAGAAAGAAGAUUAAAAGAAUGUAAAGAAAAAGGAAAAAGACAAGCAGAAUUUUUAUUAAGAGAAAAAGAAGAUUAUUUAUUUAAUGAAAUUAUGGGGUUAAAUAAUAAAACUGUAGAUUCAUAUUUAGAAGAUAUCCUAACAAAAACAAUUAAUGAUGUAUCUAAAGAAGAAGCCUUAAUCAAAACUAAAAUGAAAGCUGAACAAUUAAAUGAUAUAUAUAAUUCAUUAGAUAAUAAAAACGAUGAAAAUAAUAAAUUAAUAAUCAAAGAUUUAGUAGGAAACUUCAUCAUUCCAUAUGUGGAUAAAAAAAGAGGUGCAGAAUUUCAAGAAAUGGACCAAAAAAAAAACAACUGCGCCUCCAGUUUUGCAACACAGAAUGUUUUCUCAAAAAUUAAUCAAGCAUUCUAA